UCUAUCGAUAUCAAGCAAAAUUUUAUUGCCCAAUCGAUGUUUCUUACUGCAAUGCGUGUACGCGUUUAUCAGCACUGGUCUGGCACGCACUAGCCGAAUAAAUUAAAGUCUAAAGUAUAAUGCAAUAAAUAUAAUUAAAUAAUGCCAAUAAUUGUAAUUUCUGGCCUUCCAGCCAGCGGCAAAUCGACAAGAGCCCGCGAACUGCAAGAAUACUUUGUGAGCAGAGACAAAAAGGUGCAUCUAAUUAGUGAAAAUGUGGCCGUGCCCAAAGCGCUCUUCGAGAAAAACGCAUUCUUUGGCGACUCGCAGAAGGAGAAAAUUGUGCGCAGCGAUCUCAAAUCGGAAGCGUCCAGGCAAUUGAACAAGGAGGACGUAGUGAUACUCGAUGCAGGCAACUAUAUUAAAGGCUAUCGCUAUGAGAUCUUCUGCAUGACGAAAGCUGCAAGAACGACACAGUGCACCCUGUUUACGUGCAUACCGCAGGAGCAGGCGUGGAGCUUCAAUACGCAGCGCUCUGCUCCCGAUGUGCUGCAAGAAACAGCUACCGAAGAUCAGUUAAAUAACUCAAAUGUACCCUAUACCCGCGAGAUUUUUGAUGCGCUGUGCAUGCGCUACGAGGAGCCGCACGGUAACAGUCGCUGGGAUAGUCCUUUGUAUGUGGCAUUGCCAGAGGAUAAAAUCGACUUAGAGAGCAUCUAUAAGUCGCUUUACGAGACGCGCCCAUUGCCGCCUAAUCAGAGCACACAGAACCCGCCGUUGGGCGCUACGAAUUACCUUUUCGAACUGGACGUCAUCAUGCAGGAGAUCAUUAAGGAGAUUCUGGGUGCUGCCAAAAUUGGUGCCUUUGGCCAACUGCGCGUCAGGGGCAGCACAAUAAAGGUUAAAGUAACAACGUCUAUGAAUCCGAUGCAUCUGAAUCGAUUGCGGCAAAAGUUCAUAACAAGCAGAUGUAGGGCCAGCCAAACGACACCGGCUCCAUUGGAACAGGUGCCGCAACUCUUUGUGCAGUUCAUCAAUGCCAACACAACUGGUUGUUAAUUAAGCCCGCUUAAUCAAUUUUUUUUUUAAAUUUGAACGAUCGGACAGUGCCAUUGUGAGCAAAUAUUUAACGGACAAUGCAGCUGUUAGUUUGGAGCAUAAAAAGCAAAGUAGACCAGCUAUAAUAAAUUUGUUAAUCACUAACAUGCA